AUGACGACGCUCAAUCCCUUACCAGAAUGCGAAUGCCCCAAACUAGAGCCUUUUCCGCACGACCUAGCCGCUGACGAUGUCGAGUUUCUCUCCCUACUCGACGUCCCCAGCGCCCAUGCCAGCAUCUUCAAGAUCAAGAUCGGCGAAAAGUUCUAUGCUCUCAAGCUUAACUUCAUGACCUUCCUCGGCAUGAGAGACAACCCUGCCAUGGGAAUCGUCAAGGACUGGGUGGAUAAGCUCGACAUGGACGAUUGGCCGUCUAAUGAAGGGCAAAACGAGUAUGACUGGUUUUGUAUGGGACCCUCACUGUCAUGCAUGCUCGACAACCUUCAUGGACUUCAUGAGAGCAGGGUAGUAGUAAGGGAUCUAAGCCUCAGCCAGUAUAUCAGAGGUAUCCUGGUUGACUUGAACUUUGCUUGGACUAUACCCCAUCCUGCUCGCUGCGAGCGUACGACAGUCAAGUCGAGGCAAGGCAUCUACGCCCUAGGGUUGGUCGGCAGCGGCCGUUUCUUCCAAUAG